CCGUUGGGAAUCGCGAGUCUCCGACCAGCGUGUCCAUGCGGCAGACUGGCGACGGUGGUAGUAGCGAUAGUACGCGAAACCGCCACCAGGGCGACAGUUGGCGCGCUUGGGCGCGGUAACCAUGGGAACGGGGCGCAUGCGCACUCGAGCAAUUCGGGACAUCGGUUGUUGGAGCACAUUACGGGGGUGGUUUUUCGCGUUGGCACACCCGGACGGUUAGCUGGGCGGUGUCUGCACACAGCCUUCACUUUCCUUCUAAAAAUCGAAGGCUACGGAGCUCGGUCGUGGUCCCCGUUUUUCUCUCCCUUCUGUCUGUCUCUCUUCCCCCGUCCGCUGUCCGCUCCGCGACCGUUUCUCCUUCACGAUCGCACGCACACGCUUCGUCGUCCUUUCCCCGUCGCAUCCUCUCACGACUCUCUCCCUCGCCUGUCCACCCACUCCCCUCUCCCUCCUCCUCCACUUUUCCUCGAAAACACGCGCAUAAAAGACACGCAAGUCGGCGUCGCGUAGCCCCGUGUGCGAGUUUCGGUUGAGGCGACACGUGUGCCAACGAGCAGACCAAGGUUGGAGCGUAGCAAGCGGCAGUGGUGCAGCAAGGCAGCAGCGGCACGUGCAGCUUUUCGCGCGGCAACACGGGAGGGGAAAAAAAGUGAAAGUGUCGCCGCGCACAGCACGGAUGCAGCAACGGAUCCGCGUAUCCAGAGCUCGGCGCUCGAUGCGCUCGUCGCCUCUUCCUCCUCCUCUCGCAUCUCCGAUCGAUCCGACGUGGCGAUGAUUGGCCUCGGUCGCGGCACGAUCGACACGGUCGCGCGAUCGUAGGAGGAAGCGGUUUCGGUUCCGCUGCGCCAGUAAAGUUUCCCGGUCACGUGAUCGUGGCGAGGGGUUGCGGAAGAAGGGGAGGAGAGCGUGGCGUAGCGAGGGGUGCUGCCUCGUGGGGCUCUACCACCCCUGCCCCUAUCGGUCGUCCGCCCGCCCUGUGGAGGAGACAGUCGGUGCGUGGUGAUCGACGUGGGUGGAAUCGAAAUUUUGCUUGUGCGGUCGGCCGCCGCCGCGUGUUUGCCUCGGCUUCGACACGGCUUGCGUACGUAUCGAGACUUGGAGGCCAAGUGGAUCGUGCUUACUCGUGGUUACUGCGGCGAAAGGGAAGGGAACGCUCGUCCCUUAAGGAGAGUCUACUUUCCAAGAUCGAGCAGGAGAAGGAAGAGGAGGAGGAGGAGGAGGAGGAGGAGGAGGAUCGAUGGUGGAUCGAGAGAAACGAUGAUCGCGGGCAGGAUAUGCUCGGGGAGUAACAAGGAAGGACGCCCCGUUUCGACGAGAUUUUCCAUCCGGAUGGACACGUUCGGCUGUUUGGACGGGCGCGCACGGUGCCGUUAAUCGAUCCGGCAGCGAUUGUUCGCGAGUAUGAGGGCCGAGAGCGAGGAGGCUGGUGGCCAGUGUUUACGAAGAUUGGAGCGACGAUCGGGGCGGCGUGGAGGACGUUUCGAUCGUGCGAUGGUGGCCUGAUUUCCUGAUUUCACGCGCGAAUCGACACACGCUGCGGGGACGCACAUUCUUCGAAAUACGGAGUGUCAUCCCGCGAAGUACCACUGCCAGAAGAGGAGAGAGAGAGAUCUAUUUAUCAUUACGUGUGGGGUAUGUCGCGUUGAAUUUGACGGACGACCGAGGAAGAAGGUAUUUUUCCACAGAGAUCUCUCUGCACGAGUUUCUAGCCGACGAUCGUACGUCACAGCCAGUCUUCCCAAGAACAAACGAAUUCUCGUUCGUACGAAGGCAAGAAGCAAUCGCAAUAUCCCUCUCGACGAUUAGUCGCCCUCGCAAGUUCCUCUCGAAUAAUCUCGUGGAAAGAGAACGAAAAUAAUAAACACACGCUCGUCUUCCUCCAUCGAAAUUAUUACAUAUAUUCUCGUCGCUUAUAUAGAUAGUGAUAAUCCGUGAUUCUCGCGUACAUUCGAUAUUUUGUACAAGAACAGCUGGUAUAAGAAAAAAGAAAGACACCGGCGAACUUCUCGAAGGGAAAAAAGGAGAAGAAAAGACCGAUCCUCGAAGGAUGGCGCGCAAAACGCAACGACAAUUCGAGUGCUCGAUUCCGUUCAAUGGUCGCGCGCGAUACAAACCUCGAACGACUUAAACGAAUAUAUAUAUAUAUAUCUCGCGGUGUCGGAUAUAACGAAUUUUCCAAUUCCUCUUUGAACGAUGGCCAGAGCGCGGAAAAAAUAUGGCGCUGCCCGCUCUUAUCCUCUUCUCGUCGAAAUAAACUCGAAACAAAAGAAAGACUAAGAAGAAGUGACCUCCCAUCCUUAGCCUCGUAUGGAGAAGAGAACGGGGGGGUUGAAGGUGAAGUGAAGCAAGGAUCGAGAAGGAAUGGACGUUUCUCGAUCCUGGUGAGCGAAGGAAAGAGUGGGGCAGAGGGGAGAGGGAAGGAAGAGGAGGAAAGAUGCGGGUCGAGGUCCUCGUGAUCCUCGGCGCGGUCGUCGCCUCGGCCGAUUGCGGGUGGGGAUCGACGAGCUCGGAGUCGAAGCUCGCGUCGAGAAGACGGAACGGCACGUCCCCCGAGAUGACGAUCGGCCUGAUCGUCCCCCACACGAACUUCGGCAGGCGGGAGUACACCAAAGCUGUGAAUCGCACGGUGGGCGCGCUGCGCAAGAGCUACUACGGGAGGAGCAAGGUGCAGAGCAAGCUGUACAGCUUCUUGGAUAAGUAUAACUUCACCCAGCACUCGGUCCAGCUCAGCAUGAUGAGGCUCACCCCCAGCCCAACAGAGAUCUUGAAAUCGCUGUGCAACGACUUCCUCCCGAAAAACGUGUCGGCCAUCUUGUACCUGAUGAACUACGAGAAGUACGGGCGCAGCACGGCCAGCGCCCAGUACUUUCUGCAGCUGGCCGGCUACUUGGGGAUUCCUGUGAUCGCGUGGAACGCGGAUAACUCGGGAUUGGAGAGAAGGGCGUCGCAGAGUAAUCUGCAGUUACAGCUGGCGCCAUCGUUGGAGCAUCAAACGGCCGCCAUGCUGAGCAUCCUCGAGCGGUACAAGUGGCAUCAAUUCAGCGUGGUCACCUCGCAGAUAGCGGGCCACGACGAUUUCGUGCAGGCGGUUCGCGAGAGAAUAUCCGAGAUGCAGGACACCUUCAAGUUCACGAUAUUGAACGCGAUCCUGGUCUCGGAUCCGCGCGAUCUCUUGGAAUUGGUGAACAGCGAGUCGAGGGUGAUGCUUCUGUAUUCGACCAGGGAGGAGGCGGUCAGGAUACUGGGCGCUGCCCACGAUUACAAAAUCACGGGGGAGAAUUACGUUUGGGUGGUGACGCAGAGCGUGAUCGAGAAUCUGCAGACGCCCAGCCAAUUUCCAAUCGGGAUGUUGGGUGUACAUUUCGACACGAGCACGGAAAGUCUGGUGAACGAGAUCACGACGGCUGUGAAAGUUUACGCGAACGGAGCCGAGAAUUUCUUGAACGAUCCUGCGAACAAGGAUCACACCCUCAACACCAAGCUGAGCUGCGAGGGAAGGGAAUCCCGGUGGAACACUGGAGAUCUGUUUUUCAAGUACUUGAAGAACGUGUCCGUGGAGGGGGACCAAGGGAAGCCUAACGUGGAAUUCACCCAAGAUGGCGUUCUCAAGUCGGCCGAACUGAAAAUCAUGAAUCUUCGUCCCGGAUUGAGCAAACAACUUGUUUGGGAGGAGAUCGGCGUGUGGAAGUCGUGGGAGAAGGAGGGGUUGGACAUCAAGGACAUCGUCUGGCCGGGGAACACUCACACGCCGCCUCAAGGUGUCCCGGAAAAGUUUUAUCUGAAAAUAACAUUCUUGGAGGAGCCGCCCUACAUCAACCUCGCGCCCCCGGAUCCCGUCAGUGGAAAAUGUCUGAUGGAUCGUGGCGUUCAUUGCCGCGUGGCCAAGGAUUCCGACAUGGUCGAGAUGGACACGCAAUCGGCCCAGAAGAACGAGAGUUUUUUCCAGUGCUGCAGCGGAUUCUGCAUCGACCUGCUGCAGAAGUUCUCGGAGGAGAUCGGGUUCACUUAUGAGCUCGUCAGAGUGGAAGAUGGGAAAUGGGGCACGUUGGAGAAUGGGAAAUGGAACGGUUUGAUAGCCGACCUGGUGAAUCGGAAAACGGACAUGGUGAUGACAUCUCUGAUGAUCAACUCGGAAAGGGAAGCUGUGGUUGAUUUCACGGUGCCGUACAUGGAGACAGGUAUCGCCAUCGUGGUGGCGAAGAGGACUGGUAUAAUAUCUCCCACUGCCUUCCUUGAACCAUUCGACACCGCGUCCUGGAUGUUAGUCGGGAUCGUGGCCAUACACGCGGCCACGAUAAUGAUACUUCUGUUCGAAUGGUUGUCACCAUCCGGUUUCAACAUGAAGGUAAACCCUUCAGACGCUGCGCAGAAACUAUUGAAGAAUCCAUCGCCCAACCAUCGGUUCUCCUUUUGCCGGACGUACUGGCUGGUCUGGGCCGUGUUAUUUCAGGCAGCCGUCCAUAUCGAUUCUCCCAGGGGAUUCACAGCCAGAUUCAUGACGAACGUGUGGGCGCUAUUCGCCGUGGUGUUUCUCGCCAUUUACACUGCCAACCUGGCCGCAUUCAUGAUCACGAGGGAGGAGUUUCACGAAUUCACAGGCGUGGAUGAUCACCGUUUGGCCAAACCUUGGUCCCACAAGCCUAUGUUCAAGUUCGGUACGAUACCUUGGAGCCAUACCGACAGCACCUUGGCCAAAUACUUCAAGGAGAUGCACACGUACAUGAAGGAGUUCAACAAGAGCAGCGUGGCCGAAGGGAUCGAGGCGGUUAUCAGCGGAGAGAUGGACGCGUUCAUCUACGAUGGAACGGUCCUCGACUAUCUGGUGGCGCAGGACGAGGAUUGCCGAUUGCUGACCGUUGGAUCUUGGUACGCCAUGACCGGAUACGGCCUCGCCUUCUCCAGGAAUUCCAAGUACCUGCAGAUGUUCAACAAACGUCUCCUCGACUACAGGGACAACGGGGACUUGGAACGGCUGAGGAGGUAUUGGAUGACGGGGACGUGCAAGCCGGGCAAAGAGGUGCAAAAGAGCAGCGAUCCCUUGGCGCUCGAACAAUUCUUGUCCGCUUUCCUUUUAUUAAUGAUGGGAAUCCUUCUUGCCGCUGCCUUCCUGCUAUUGGAACAUUUGUAUUUCAAAUACGUGAGGCAGCACUUGGCGCGAAGCGACGGCGGCGGUUGUUGCGCGCUUUUCAGCCUGAGCAUGGGAAAGUCGUUGACGUUCCGGGGCGCGGUGUACGAGGCGCAGGAUAUCCUGAGGUACCACAGAUGCAGGGAUCCGAUAUGCGACACGCAUCUGUGGAAGGUGAAGCACGAAUUGGACAUGGCCAGGAUCAGGAUACGACAAUUGGAGAAGGAUCUUGAGGCUCACGGGAUAAAACCUCCCCAGGCCAAGAGGAAAACCGGAAGUCUCGGCUGGUGGCGAGGAUGCUUUCAAAGCCAUUCGGACCGCCAUUCGCAACCGGAAUCAUUGGCGGUGGAGGCUCCGCAUCCGCUACCGCCAUACUUCGAUUCAUUCAUCGACGCCAUCGACGUAGCCAGACCCAGGGACAUGACCAGGAACCACGUGGUCAGCACGGAAUACGCCAGCAAAUUUUUACCCCCCGAGAUCUAUAGGACCCCCGAGGACGGAACGGCCAGGACGGAGAUCGCCGAAAUGGAGACAGUUCUGUGAUCGUAGAGAGCCGGCCACGAUUGCCCAGCCACGUCAGCGCGAUCAUAAGCGUCCCCUGUGGAGCGGAAAAAGUCUCGCCUCCGCUCCCAUUUCUCGACAACGAGUUUUCGCCUCGUGUCGCCUCGUCGUCGUCGUCGUCGUCGUCGUCGUCGAGGCCUCUCCUCCAUCCCUCGAACGCCCGGAAAAACCCUCGAGAACUUCGAGCCAAGGCUCGAAAGGGGAGAGAGAGAGGGAGUGGGAAUCAGUUUAUGAGGGGGGAGAAAAGAGAAAGAAGAAAAUGGUUCGAGUUGCACGAGAAGGAACGUUCAGUGCCUAUGAAGAAUCGAGAAACAUCGAGAUCUACGAUCAUUCUUCUGAAAAUAAGAAAAAAGAAAAAAAAGAAAGAAAGAAGAGAAAAGAAAAAAGAAAAGGAGCGAAAAUUUUCCACGACCAUGUUUUUUCUUCCAAAAAUAAAAACAUGUUUUUCUUCCUCCUUUGUCGCAGCAAGUUGUGCAGUGUUUGCGAUCGUGUUAGGACGCUCGAUUUGGGCGAAAAUCGUUUUAAACAUUUUUUUCUUUUUCUUUUUUCUUUUGUCUCCUUUGAGUGGGAUUUUUUUUCGAGAAAUUCGACGUUUUCAAGGGAGGAAAGAACGAUCCUUUCGGAUCGAAAUACGCGAAAUAUGUGUUUUCGCUGGGGAAAAGUGUCGGUUCAAAAGAUCGUAUUUAAUCAUCAAUUGUAUUAAACUUGUGGAAGAAGGAAAAGUUAAGCGUGUUUGCGAGAUCUUGUUCGCGUUGUUUAAUCGUAUAUCGUUUAAAGAUGUUACACGCUUGUUUGCAUCAUAUUUUCUCGUUCGAUGCAGGUGUCACUUGGUUUGAUGGAAAUUCGCUUAAAUCUGUGAAAAUAUUUCCCUCGUGAUUCAAGUUUUUCGCAAUUUUUCUGCGAGAUUAAUUUCGUACACGAUGUACACAUUGGCAAUCGUUCUGACUGCUUUGAUUUUUCCGACAAAAUCGAAUGACGCCUUCUUUUAUUUUUUUUUUAUUUUUUUUUUUUGAGAAAUUCGCAACGAGAGAGAAAAAAAAAUAAGAGACGAAAAGGCGUUAACUUAUAUUCAGGCAGCAUCAAUGCAAUAGAUAGAUAAUUGAAAAUUCCUAGAUCUUUUGAGAAUCUCGUUAAAAAAAAAAAAGAAAAAAAAAAACUUUGUACGAAACUCCGGGCCCCGAUUUUUCAAAAAAUAGGGAGUCAAAACUUCGAUGAUUCGUUAAAACGAACGUUUAAGGCGAGUAAAAAAAGUAAAUAAAUAAAUAAAUAAACGCUACGAAAGAGAAACGAAAAGAAAGAGAAAGAUAAUAUUGAUAACAGCAAAAAAAAAAAAGAAAAAGAAAAGUAAAAAAUAAAAUAGAAAAUCCAAAUCCGACAUCUUGAUGGGAAAACGUCAAUGUGUAUUAUACGAGAUAUAACUAUGGCAUUCGAGUGUGUCAUGUAUACAUAUACAUAUAUACAUACAUAUAUAUAUAUAUAUAUAUUUAAUACGUAAUGUACACACGGAGCUACUAUUACACGUUAAGUAUGUAUAUUGUGGUAUAAAAAAAAAAAAAAAAAAAAAAGAAAGAACAAUGAAAUAUUCUAAAAAAUGGAAACCUAUUUCAAGGACGUAAUAUGCUCAACAUUUAAAAGAAAAAGAAAAAAAAAAGUACACGUAAUAAAAAUCCACCGAGCGUAAUGAUUAUAAUAAUAAUUAUCGUAUCGAGGAGUGUCAGGGUAUGUCUCGCGCCAAAUUUUUAAUACGAAAUGGGGAAAAAAAGGAAUCGAGGAUCGAUCUGAUCUGCGACUUUAUUUAUGAUUGUGAACAUCUCUUUCGAUUAAAAAUUUUUCUUCUUUCCUUUUUCUUUAUUUUUUUUUUUCUCUCUAAAUAAAAAAGGAAAAAUAUCAAGAGAUCGAUAUAAUUUUCACGACUCUGAAUUAUCGUAACGAACAAAUAGAAUUCGAAGAAUUAAUCUAAUUAAUCGUCGCUAACAGCUUUUAACGCGUUGUUGUAAAUUCGAAAUGAGCAAAUAAAAAUGAAAUUAAAUUAGGAAAAAGAGGGAGGGGGAAAAAAUAUUUUAACAACAAAUAAAAUAACGCAAUGGUGCCUGAAACGAAUGAAUUCCAAGCGUUCGAUCCCUAGGAGAAGGGGAGGGGUAAUAUUUUUUUAAGAACGAUACGGCUACCGUUGGAAAAGUUUCGAUCAUCGAACAUCCUGACACUUCGCAACUUCUACGAAUUGAAAAAAAAAAAGAAAAAAAAGGAAAAAAAAAAGAAAGAAAAAAAAAACGAAAAAAAAAAAUGUAAAAUCUAUCUUCGUAAGGAGUAGUUGAAAAAGAGGCAAAUUCUUUUGAGCCAAACGCCAGAAAAAAAAACCAAAGAUUUUGUGUGUGUGUGUGUGUAGGAAAAAAAAAACGACAGAGAUAGGAUUAAUGUUCUAAAAACUACGUCCGCUGUAAAUAGAACGCAUUGUACCGUACAAGCCACAAAGAAGAUCUUGGAAAUACAAAAAUUCUAUCUUUUCAUUGCGAUCGAAUAAUUCUCGUAUAUAUUCGCAAAAUAUGUAAUAAUUUUUCGAUACAAAAAUAAAUCUUUCAGGAUAUUGUAAUAGCGCUACGCGUGACUCGUCGAUCACGAAACGAAAAAUUGGAGAAUAAAAAUGAAAUUUCGAAUUUUAUUCUUAUAUUCUUAUAUUUAUCAUCGGUUCGAGAUUAAUGCAAAAUAGAAUUCGUUCUUAAUUCUCGACAAUUCUUAACAAUAAUCGUUUCGUUCCAAUCUCGUGAAAGAUAUCCAUCGGAUUAGAAAACCUAUUUUCUAAGGCUUCGCUGUUGUGGCUUAUACCGCACGUCGAGAAAACCCACUUUUAGAGAAGCACUUGUUUCGACUCCUCGUGCGUUCAAGCGAAACGAAACGAACCAUUCGAAACGACGUUUGCUCAGGAAAAUUCCACGAAGAGAAUCUGUAUAUCGUGUAUAUUCAUAAAGUUCAUCGUCAAGAUUUUUAAAGCACUUUCUUAUUCGGCUUUUCGAGAAGUCAACAACAAAGGAAAAAGAAGAAAAAAAAAAAGGAAAAAACUGAAAAAAAAAAAGUAACACGAUUGCUUCGAGGACGAGACACGAGUGCUGGGAUUACCGAAAAUAAGGGAGAGGAAAAAAAAAAUAAGAAAUAAGAAAUCGCAAUUCUAAUACGAUAAUACGUUGCUAGUCGGAGAAAACAAAACUGUUGUUACUGUUGUUGUUAAAGAUAAUGGAAGUGUUACGUUGUUAAGAAAAUGGCGUAGAGGGAAUGGAUAUUAUUAGUUACUUCUUUGAAAUAGUUAUAAAAGGAGGUCCGUUUUCAUCGAUCGGAUCAUCGGAAUUCAAGUGACGCGGCAAUCGAUAAUCAAUCGAUAAUUUCUUGAUAUUCAGUUAUAAAAGAAUUCCUUCCUUUUUAUCCUCCAAGACAAUUUUUCUCAAUGUUAAUAAAAGCAUCCACUUGCUAUUACGGUUGCAUUACAUUGAUUCGGGUAAAAAUAUAUUUCGAAUGAAAAUUAGAAAAUUUGAAAAAAAUUGAUAUUUGAAUAAAUAAGAAUUGCUUGAAUUCGUACACGGUUCGAUCGAUCUGAACGAGUGAAGGGUUAAUUUUGAAGGAGGACGAGAAGGAAAGACAAAGGCGUGUCGAUUGCGCCAUCUAACCGAACGUAUCCUCUAUCUGCUACUUUCAAGCAUAUGAAAGAGAACGCGUAUGCUUUUUACCCAUAUUUCGGUCGACGCGAGAUCUUCUUGAACGCUGUUUCCAUCCGACACAACAAACACUCGACAUUUCUUUCCACCGUGUGCGCACACGCGGUUGAACACCUCCUAUUAUCCGAUCAUCCGCGAGAUUUCGCGCCAAUUUCCGCGGAAACGCGUCGCAAAAGUUCGUUGAUCCGCGCGUUUCUAUCCCGUUUCACCCACUCGAGCGAGGAUAUGAAUUCCGCAAUAUAUUCGAAAUAUUCGCAUCGACACAACGAACAGAUUUAUUCCUCGGUCGAGCCAACAAGUUCCUCCCUUUUCGAAGGGGUUCGAAAACGAUCGGUUCAAACAUCGAUUCGAUUCGAGCCGAAAAAAAGAGUAUUUAAUUAUUUUUUCUUAAAUUUUAUACGAGGUUGAACUCAUUAAUUAUCUCGAAUCUCUUUGUCUAUAGAUAUUUUAAAAGUUUAAGAAGAAAAAUUAAGCCUGGCUACGAAGUGAAUCAGUUUGUCCACGUUGGUAGUGGAAGAAAUACAUUUGCCUCGUUCAAUUUGAUGAGAUUAAUAUUCCAUAAUGCUUCCGUUAUUGAUAAAAUAAUUUGAAACGACAGCGUAUCCCAUAAGAUGAUUGUUAAAAGAGGAAGAGAUCGUAAAAUCCAGUUCCCAUCGGCUACAGUGAAUUCUUAAUUUUAUAAAAACUGUUUGAUAAAUAGCGAAUUGUAAAAGAGAAGCGUUAUCUCUGAUAGAAAUGAAUUUUUCACAGCGAUUCAGUAAUCGUUCAGAACACGAGAAGAGGAGAAACGUUUAUCACCGUCUUGCACAAUUCAACUAACAUUAUUAUUAGCGAAAUUUUACAAGUGUUAUUAUACAUAUAUAUAUACAUUUUUUUUAUUAAUUUCGCCAAAUUUAUAAUAUCGUGAUCGACUAUACAGAGAUGAACCUCACAUAAACACAAAAAAAAUGUUUUGUGAACAACAAUCUAUAAGAGCAUCUUGUCGUUUCUCGAUAAUACUUUUAGUUAUUGUGCAAGAGGAUCCCUGAUAGUAAGAGAUACCUUAAGUAAACAAGUGUAAACAAUCGUGCGCACACACGAAAUAGCGGCCUUAAUAAUAAUGAUUUUUCAGCGUCGUACUCGUGAUCUCCGAAGACUCUCGUACCCGUAAUUGUAGAUUAGAUUCGUCCUUACACGAAUGAUCGGCUUCCUUUCGCUACUUCUCAUCCGAGAUUCGUGUAUGUAACUUCGCACUACACAUCCCCCCACCCCACCCACCCAAGGACUCUUCCGAUCGACGGAUCCAUUCCAACUCUCAGAAACGAUUGUUUGUCGAUGAAAAUGUCACGUGCCAAAUAAUUUGUACGAAAUGAAUAAAACGGGAGAAGAAGAAGAAGAGGAAAAAAAUUAGCAAAUUCGACUGAGUACAAGCAUAUCAGUAAAAAAUUAUCCAACGAUUGUUUUUUUCUUUCUCACAACAACGUCAUUCUUUGUGAUAUAUUAUAAUCACAUAUGUGUAUGGAUUAAGUAGUUGCACAUUUUUUUUCUUUUUCCUUUUUUUUAUUUCGGCACAAGAAAUUGCAGAAUUUCGUUCUUUGAUCGAUUCAUUCCAUUGGCAAAUACAACGAAAUUUAUCGUUCCUCGUUAAAUUGUGCUCAUUUAAAUAGGAUGAACGAUUCUAAGGAUUAAUCAUCGAAUUAAAUUUAAUCCUUUACGAACGUAACUUUUCUUGUUUACGAGAAAAGAAAAAUUGAACGAUUGAAACAAAGUUAUUUAAAAAUAUAGAGAAUUAAUUAAUAAGUUUCUCGUUCUCGUUACGCGAUUAAGACACUUUUCUAUAGCGAAUUCAAAUAGAAUGUACAAAUGAAAAAAACACUAAAAUCAAAUCGUUUCAAAUAGUUCACUUUUCGCGUUCAUCAUAGUUUAAAUCAUCGAUUUAUCAAUCGUGAUCAUCGAAUCCCCAAAGACGAAGCAAACAAAUGUAGCAAUAUUAGUAACGGAUUAAACCAUAAAUAAAACGCGAUAGAUCAGAAGAGUCCAGAUCUUCAUCCACGAAACACCAAGUCUAAAAUCGAAUCCCUCACUGGAUCCUUUAGAUAGUUUAGUAAAAAUAAAAAAGGGAAACAGUCAACAGAUCGUGGCCGUGCAUCGGCCAUUUUGGUGCCAAGUGAAUGAAAUAAAAAAAAAAAGAAAAAAAGGAAGUAAAAAAAAAAAAAGGGAAAAAAAUUAAAAGAAAAGGAAAACGAAACGGGUUAAAAGAUCAUUAUAACAUCACGAUUAUUAAGAUAUGAUAAUACGAACGCGUAUAAGCGAACCGGUAUAAACGAUUAUACCAAUUUACAUGUAUAUUCGUGCGUGUCUAUGUACAUACAUAACGGAAGAAACGAUUGAAGGAUAAGUGAAAUAAAUAAAAGAGGAAAAAAAAAAGAAAAGAUAAGAUAGCGAUCUCUCUCUCAAGUGUCCUCGUUCGUGCUUUUUCAUCUUUGUCAUCGAGGAUAUUAGCGACACAAGAGAGGGAAAAAAAAAGAAACCUUAGGAUUAGCGUAGACCAGCAAAGAAAUAUGUUUAGCGACGAAAAACCUCGCCAAAGAUGAAGAUCUUUUUUCGAAGGCCUCGAGAAAAAAAUGUGAGGCGUCGUAUUUGUGUCGGCGUAAAUUUUUAAUGGGGGAAAAAAUAACAAGAUUAUAUUAAUGAUAAAAUAAAAUUACCAAAAAAAGAAGAAGAAGAGGAAGAGGAAGAAGAUUGAAAAAAAAAUAAUAACAUUGAAUAAGCAGUAAAAGGAAUAAACGAGGUUCGCGAGUUCCACGACAGAUCAAGGAAAAAUGUAAGAUGAGACCGAGUGGCUUAUGUUGAUGAAAAGACAAAGCCAUAUUGGAGGGAAAUUUCGCAUGUAAACACAUUUCUACGUUACAAAAGAUGAUAUAACGUCGACCAAUCGUCUCGCGGAACGUGCGAACCGAUGGCUUUUAAGGAACAUAUGUGGCACGUGAUUGUAUGUUGUUUCAAAUAAAACAUUGUUGUUUUGUAUACUACACACA